AUGGCACUCCGACCCGGCGCGGUGCUGCUGCUACUCAUCACGCUGGGGCACUUGCUCAAGCUACUGACGGCAGAAACUCAGUGUGAAAAUAUUUAUCAGGAUUUCUCUGGCUGCAUCUUAAAAUUAGGAGAGAACAUGGCUAGAUAUGAAGAAGAAGCGGAAGAAGACAAAGUGAACCAGAGUCUGCUGCAAGGAUUGCAGGUUGUUUGUGGAUAUUGGAAUGAAUUUCAUAAUUGUGCGAUGGCUACUCUUUGGGUAUGCCAGAAGGAGAUGGUGACUGUCUGGGAGAAAUUGAAAAAGGAAUCUAGAAAAAUCAAAUUUGAAGGCAAUCUUUUUGAACUCUGCAUCUCCAGUAACUACCAGAAUUUACCCUCAUCCCAGGUCCCAACCCUUUUUCUAUUAGGCAUCACACUGAUGCUCAUUUGGCUCAAUUUAUGA